CCCCCGGAUGAGAUUAUCCUUCAUAGUGUUUUCCACCCAAGCACAAGCCAUUAUGCCAUUAACUGGAGACAGAAGUGUAAUCAAUCAAGGCCUUCAAGAUUUACGUAGUGUGAAGCCAGCUGGUGAUACAUACAUGCACGAAGGAUUAAAACUAGCAAAUCAACAAAUUGAGGGAGCAGGAGGCUCAAAGUUCUCCAGUAUAAUAAUUGCUUUGACAGAUGGUAAAUUGGAUGGUCAGAUCCCCUUGUAUGCAGAAAAAGAGGCAAAUAAGGCCAGAACUUUAGGGGCUAGAGUUUACUGUGUUGGGGUCCUUGAUUUUAAACAAGAACAACUUGAAAAAAUUGCUGAUACAAAAGAACAAGUCUUCCCUGUCACUGGAGGAUUCCAAGCACUUAAAGGAAUAAUUAAUUCUAUACUAAAGCAGUCAUGCACAGAGAUUUUAUAUUUGGAACCAUCAAGUGUCUGCGUGGGAGAGGAGUUUCAUGUUGUCCUCAGAGGAAGUGGCUUCACACUGGGCAGAAGACAAGAGGGUGUUACUUGCACCUACCAUAUAAAUGGCACAACCAUUAAUGAAAAACCAGUAACAGUGGAAUCCACUUUUAUGCUCUGUCCAGCACCCGUCCUACAUAAAAGUGGCCAGACACUAGAAGUUUUGGUGAGUUUGAAUGAAGGACAAUCUUUGAUCUCCAGCUCAUUAAUAAUUACAGCUUCGGAAUGUUCGAAUGGCAUAGCUGCCCUUAUUGCCAUUCUUGUGCUGUUACUUUUGGUGGCUAUUGGUCUUUUAUGGUGGUUCUGGCCUCUUUGUUGCAAAGUGGUCAUCAAGGAUCCUCCACCACCACCUCCAGCUCCAAAAGAGGAAGAAGAAGAAGAAGACCCAUUGCCUAACAAAAAAUGGCCGACAGUGGAUGCUUCCUACUACGGAGGACGAGGAGUGGGAGGAAUUAAAAGAAUGGAGGUUCGUUGGGGUGAUAAGGGAUCUACAGAAGAAGGAGCUAGGUUAGAAAAAGCCAAAAAUGCUGUGGUGAAACUCCCAGACGAACCAGAAGAGCCCUUUCAACCAAAACCUCCUAAACCCAAGGCUACCUCACAAGCUGCUCAGGAAAAGUGGUAUACUCCAAUUAAGGGUCGACUUGACGCACUGUGGGCUCUGUUGCGACGGCAGUAUGACAGGGUGUCUUUGAUGCGACCACAGCAAGGAGAUGAGGUUUGUGUGUGCCCAACACAAAAUGAUGAACAGAGAAACAAACGAUCAUUUAAAAGUAGUGCCAUUAAAAAGAUGCAUCACCAGCCAAAAAAUGCUGCAGAUCCUUGGUGUCCCGAAGCAGUUAAUUAA